AUAUAAAAUACAGCAACAACACAGCAGCUUUAAGAGAGAGAGACAACGCUGAUUUAGCUUAACUAAAUCACCCAAGGACCAGGGAAGUAAAACAAGGGAUCAGGGAAGCAUGAGAACCGCAGGCUGUAUCCUGAGUUCUGUGUUGUGCUGCUGGGGGACCAUCCUUGCCGUGACACAGACUCCAAACUCCUGCAUUGUCACCAAUGAGCAGACGAUCAACUGCAGUGAGAAGAAUCUCAAGCUAAUCCCAUCAACAGUUAUCAAGAACACUGUGACCACCAUGGAUCUAUCUCACAACCAGCUGAACUUCUCCAGUCCUAAAAACCAAAGGAGUCUACAGAGAUUUGUGUCUUUGAUUUCCCUGAACCUUUCCAGCAACUACCUCCCCCUGCUGGACAGAUCGACGUUCAGCAAACUACAAAAACUGCAGAUCCUGGAUCUCAGCAACUGCAGCCUGAAGGAGAUAAAGCCUGGGGCUUUCCAGGGCCUGUCUAACCUACAGACACUCAUUCUCAGCAGGAACCACCUCAGGGGCUCCCUCCCUCUGGCUCUCCUGGAUCUGAAGCUCCUAACAUUGCUGGAUUUGCAGAACAACAGCUUGGUCUCUGUCGACCCGCCAUUCCUGGACUGGCUUGGGAAGGUGAAGGACGUGAAACUUCAAGGCAAUGAGUGGAGGUGUCACUGCCCAAACAGCACCAUCCAGCAGUGGAUCAACCAAUCCGGAGUGUCUGGGUUGAAGUGCUCCUUCCCUGAUGAUGAGGCCUAUCCGUGCAAGGAGAGUCUUUUUAUGUCUCUCAGUGCUGAGUACCAAGAUACUAUCCACUCCACAGGAUCAAACAGUACCACACCAGGCAGAUCUCUCAGCAGCAUGCCCAGCUGGAAGUACCUGGUGGCAGUGCUGGUGACGGCUAUCGGCCUCUCCGUCCUGAUCGCGCUGGCCGUGAAGUGCAAGCUCUUCAGCCGCUACCUGGCCAGCUACCGGCACACGCGGCUGUCCGACACCGAUGCUUCUAGCCGGUACAGCCAGUACGACGCAGAGAGCAUGUCCGGGCAGGGCGGGGCCCACGAGCCUGAGCUCGCCCCCGGCGACCUGGAGGAUGACGAUGGCUUCAUUGAGGAUAAUUACAUCCAGGCCAGCGAGAAGCAGCGAGCCGAGCAAGAGGCAGGGGAGCAGGAGGUGGGGGAGGAGGAGGAGGAGGAAGAUGACUUCCAGUUUUCCAUUGCAUAAAGAGGGGGGAGGGAUGGUUACUGGGCAGCUUCCAAACAGGAUUUGUUUUAAGGGUGACUUAAAGCUGUCCAUAGGGACUGGAGACUCUAACCAUUUCCACUCUAGAUUACUGAACAAUCUUAUGAAGAAAUGAAUACAGUUUGCUUUUUGUUUUUUAAACCAACAACAAUAUAUUAAAACAAAGAAAACGCAUACAAACAUAAACUGGUGUUGGGUAACACUUUCCAUGAAGUGUCUCUAAUGACUGUGUCUUUACAUAGCAUUUGCUUAGUAAAUACAUGUGUACUUACACAUCAAUACAAUGUUAUUAUGCAUGGUUACAAUGUACUUAAUAUGUAUUUUUUUUUGCAUGAUAUAAACCUAAUCCUAUCCCUAAACCCUAAUUCUAAACCUAACCCUAACCCCACUAACCUUAACUCAAAGCUAACCCUAACCCCAAACCCUUCU